AUGUAUCAGACUAUUAUCAGACUGUCAAAAUAUUGUAAGAAAUGUCUUAAACUUUAUACAAAUAUUAUUUUUGGACUUAGAGGUCAAUCUCAAUCAACUUGGUUAAGAAAUAAUGAAACUGUCAUAUUAAAAAGAUUUGAAAUUCCAAAAAUAUUGGUCAAUGAGUUAAAAUCAUUACAACAAAUGUUUUACUGA